CCCCAAACAUGCCCAGUCAGAUGUCCAGUCAGAUGUCCAGUCAAAUGCCCAGUCAAAUGCCCAGUCGGAUGCCCGAUGGAGAGAACUUGAUACACCCAGAACACGUCUUGUAAGGGUUGGUAGGUAGGAUCCAGUAAUGGUUUCGUACCGUAGCAGGCAGGGGUCGGCCACCCCUUCGGGAGGAAAUCGACACAACAAGCACCUAUCCACUUGGAGGUUCCGACCUACACCUUCUUCUCUCUUUUACCCGCAGAUUGCAGUGUUGUUAUCGCAGAUCGAUGAUCGCCGACAUAUAGAACUGGCGCUGGUGCGUGAUUAUUUAAUGGGCCAUGCAAAGUCAAGAGCCAUAUGAUGGGUUGGAGGUGGCGUUACCUGAGAGGCACUGGGCACACGAACAUGAGCAAUCUGACCUGGCACCUUCAGCACACCGGCUAGAGACUUCUCUCCAAGAACCAAGGAGAAAAUGUGGUCUGCCCCUCCGCUCGUUUUAUAUAAUACUGGGUAUUGUUAUAAUCUUCAUCCUUGCGGCAAUUGCUGGUGGUGUAGGAGGCGGCUUAUCUUCGAAAAGCUCACACAACCAACAUCAAGAAGAUGCUACCAACAGUGACGGGAAUAACCAUACGAACGGAGGUAACUUGACUAACCCGACAAGCUAUCAUAUUUUGCCGACGUCACAUCUCUCAGCAACAAACUGGACAGAUCCAGACGGAUACACACAUCGAUUCAUCUUCUUCCAAGACGGAUACGGUGCCAUCGUUGCACGUAGGUGGAACACCCAGAAUCAGAGCUGGACUACGGACAACCUCACGGACAUCUUUCAGACAUCGCGUACGCCUAUAAAUCCAUUGAGUCCAUCUACUCCGAUUGCUAGCAUCUCUUUCAGUUACAAUGAAAUCAAUAAUACAAGGAACAAGAUUCUGCUGUGGUAUAUAGCACCCGACAACACGAUUGCCAGUGUCGAGGUACAAGACCUCGUGGAUGCGCCGGAAGAGUGGACAUUCAAAACACUAGAUGGGGAGGUCAUCGAGACGUAUCCCGGAUCACAACUCGCCGCGGCUUGGAAUCGAUGUUUGGACAUCUGUGUGGGAUAUUGGGCUGUGGCGUACCAGAGACCCGGAGAUGCCGGCAUCAACGUCUUAAAUGGGAGCGAUAAGAGCCAUGCAUCUUUGGCGGUCGAGUCUGAUCGUGUUGUCGCUGGCACGAGCCUGGCACUAACACCAGAGGUGCAAACCGAUGGCGAUUCCGUGGCACGACUUACAUUGAUGAGCGAAAGUCUUCUGUCUUCAGACUCUGGAAAGGCGCAAAAGUCAACAUAUGAGGCAGAGUGGUAUCAUGAUGGCGAACUCUUGUCUGGCACUACUUUACCUGCGCCAUCUACAAUGUUACAAUUUUCGAUAACCCUCUUGGAUAACUUCAGGACAGUUGUCUUCCUUGCUCUGCUUCCCAAUGGGACCGUAGCAGGGUCGUAUUAUCGAAGUCACUUCGUAUCGAUUCCAGCCGUUGACUUUCGUGGUGGCCCGUCUGAUUUGAACUUUACAGCUAUAGCAACGAGCGAGGAGGCUAUGUUUUACGGGAUAUCGAAUGAUGAAAUCCAUCAAUACUCCGUUGAUCACACCGAUCCAACUGUUUUCCAAUAUAUCGAUACCAUAUUCCCUUGAAAGGAGAUAUGGGGGAAAAUAAUUGAAUGUCAUUCACAGUGCUCUUUAUUCGUUAUGGUCUUCCUGUUUCUGUUCGCCUACUGCUUCAUUUGGGGGGGGGGGUCAAAAAUAGCUGUUAUACUGCCUACGCCAGAUUAAUGGUGUGACGUUAUAGUCAAACCAUCUCGCUGAUUUACCUCUAUUCACCCGAUAUUGCCAAUUAGCCAAUGCUGGCCUAGGCAGCGGGGCCGGCGGGAUUUGAGCUUGGCCAUAGUUCCAACAUCUUCAGCAGAAACAAACACAUUCACUUCCGAAGAA